AUGUCAUAUUGUUUCACAUUUAGCUUUCACUAUGCUGGAGUGACUUUCGAAGAUAUACGGUUUACACAUGAAAAAUGGGAUGCCGAGAAAAAGAAAUUUUUCUAUGAAAAAUUGCCAGUCUUAGAAGUUGAUGGUAAGCAAUUGAGUCAAUCUAGUGCAAUCCUUCAAUAUCUGGCUAAUAAAUUUGGUUUGGCUGGAAAAGAUGAAUGGGAAAAGGCUAAAGUAAUUGAGAUUUUUAAUUUCUAUAAAGAUGUUUAUAACGAAUUAUCACCUUACACUUUAACAAAAUUAGGCUAUCGUGAAGGCGAUGCGGAUAAUCUGAAAAAGACUGUAUUUUUGCCUGGGACUGAAAGACUUUACCCAAUCUUCGUCAAACUUCUGGCCCAAUCUGGUUCAGGAUUCUUUGUAUCAUCUGGUUUAACAUAUGUUGACUUAGUAUUGGCCGAAUAUUUUGAUUUGACACGCAAAUUAGAGCCUGAAGUAGUCGGAAAAUAUAAGGAACUGAAUGAUUUUAUUGAUAAAGUAUAUGCUGUACCGAAACUGAAGGCUUAUUUGGGCACUAGGAAAGACUAAAAAUGAGAUAUAUAUAAGCAUGAGACAUAAAUCAAUUUAUAUAUUUGGAAUAAACAAAGAAUUUAUCUGAUAAAAAAUUUGUCUGAUAAAGUUUAAAUGAGAAUUAAUAUUACACGUAAUUUAAAUGUUUUUAUUUUAUUUUGCAAAUCUCUGAUUAAUUUUGUGAUAAAAUCUUUAAAAAUUUCUCUAAAAUUUGUGAUAAUAUGCCUUCUAUGUUUCUUCGAUGUAACUAUAGAUAUUUUAAUAAAAAAAUACAAAAAUAACAAU